AAUUUAGUACCUCACAGUCCCAAUGUUCUUGUGGCCAAGAAGCAAGUUUCCAUUAAUAAUGAGGUCUCCGUAUCUCCUGGUGGUCGUAUUCAUUCCACCCUGAGAACACCCAAUGGCACGGUUCUUAGGCGUUGCCAUUUUCGCUUGGGAAAUUUUAUGACCACCAAGAAGCGCUGUGUUCACAAGAAUGGAUCUUGCAAUGUUAUUUUGUCCCAUAUUAAGAGGAGAAGAUUGAAAUUCUUAGGAGAUAUUUUUACAACACUCGUUGAAACAAAUUGGAGUUGGGCUCUAUUUAUUUUCUCAAUGAGCUUUGUACUUUCCUGGAUGGGGUUUGCCCUUCUCUACUGGCUCAUUUGCUACACUCAUGGGGAUUUUGAGGAAUUUCACCUUCCUCCCGAUCAAGAACAAUUUAAAUGGACCCCGUGUGUGUACAACCUGUAUGACUUUCGAUCCUGCUUUCUGUUUUCCAUUGAAACUCAGACGACUAUAGGAUAUGGCGUUCGAACGACAACCGAGGAAUGUCCUGAGGCAAUUUUCCUCAUGUGCCUUCAGUCAAUUUUCGGCGUAAUUGCUCAGGCUUUUAUGGUUGGGAUGGCUUUUGUGAAGAUGGCCCACAAGGGUAAUUCCUCAACGACCUUCCUCUUCUCCAAAUUCGCCGUGAUAAGCCAGCGAGAGGGUGCUCUAUGCUUGAUGUUUCGUGUUGCAGACAUACGGAAAAGUCGCAUAACAAAUGCCAGCAUAAGGAUGAGAUUAAUGCGAACCCAUACAAGUAAAGAAGGAGAAAAAUUGGCAGAAUUCCAGGAGGAAUUGCCGGCACAAAUUGAUGAGUGCACACCAUCGGAUGUCUUCCUGAUGUGGCCAACAGUGGUAAUUCAUCGCAUUGACUCCGCAUCACCACUCUACCACCUCUCACCGGCAACACUGAUGCAUGAUCACUUUGAAAUUGUUGUCCUGCUGGAAGCAACAAUUGAAUCCACAGGCUUAUUCACGCAAACACGAACGAGCUACCUCAAUAGUGAGAUCCUCUGGGGACAUCGCUUUGACUCAAUCACAUUCUACAAUCGCGAAUUUCAAUGCUACGACGUGGACUAUUCACGCUUCAAUGAGACCUUUGAGGUGGAGACACCCCUAUGCUCAGCCCAGGAAAUUGAUGAGUUUCUCAGUUUGUAGCGUACGACGAAUGGUGGUGGUGGAUGAUGGAGGCGCCGGGUGGUACCCCAUUGUUUAAAAAUAGUGCGAGAAGAAUAAAUAGAAUGCGGAAUGUAUUUACCUGGUGAAUUUACACCAAAUUGCUCUCGUCACAGCGUAUGAUGCCAAUACGAUCACCAAACAUUUACCGCGCAGUGCUACUUGAAUGUUUUCUCCCACGGCUGUGAGGAAGUCGCGAGGAUGGAUGGUCUCAAUAGCGCAUUAUAGGCAAUUAGCACCUUGUUGUGGUUGUUGUGUAUGCACAUUUGCUGUGAAGACAUUGUGUGUGGGAUCACGCGGUAGCCCCCUUGAAUAUAAUAAAUUUUUCUCACCGGUAAAACGCAAGAUCACAACUGUGUGCCGGGAGAUCAAUUCCUCUGGGCACCGACUUCUGUUCAAAACACCUGCCAAUCAGUCUGUGUCGAACCAUCGACGAACAGAGGCUUCUCUCAUAGGCAGUGCGCGACUUUUUCACACGGUCAUUUGUGUGUCAAGUAGAGGCUCUCGCGAUAUUGCCUGAAUCACUUCAUACGUGCGCUAUCAGGAGAUUAUCAGUGCGUGGACUCUCUGUGUGGCGCGAAAAAAUCAAAAUUAGGGAGUACUUACUUUUUUGGCGAUAAUGAGUGUUAAGAGAGAUUCCCCGAGUGAUCAGUCAUUGCUCUCCUCACCUUGGGAACAGCAUUCACCACAUAUUGUGAUCUCAACACUUGGGGAUCAUACACCGUCACCCUGUUCCCUCUCACCAGGUACACCGAACACCCCGUGUCGGACUCCCAAUGGAUCCAUUCGAAGGUAUACAUAUGUAGAAGCCCACCUCGUGCACCAGCGGGAACGAUUGCGCACAUCCAAGUCAAUUUGCAUACGACAGAAUUAUUCCAACCUUGGUAUUGAGACUGGUGCAUCUCAUUUGCAUUUCCUACCCACACACAAUACAGCUGCUGCAACGCUUCCGGAAGCAUUUAAUUCCACGAUCUGCAUUCUUUCGUCUCUGUCUCUUUCGUCUCUGCAACUUCUUCCCCAUUGUCCCCAAUCAUUCCCCGAAAAAAAAAUCCUCCAUCGUCAUAAGCUAAAAAGAAAAA